GCCAAACCAAACAUACUAGGCACCCUAGUAAUAGUACGUCAAGUACUGAGUACGAUAAGAAUAUUUGUGAAAAGGAUCCCACGAGCCUUCGGGCUACGUAUCGUCAAGAUGCCUCCAUCAGUGAAUGUGGUUACAAAGCUGAAAGUACAGCUAAAGCUAUCCAUCGCGCGACUGCGCAUGGUACAACAACGCGAUGAACAAAUGGGCAAGACACAACGAAGAUCAAUGGCUCAAUUGUUAGACGUUGGCAAAAUCGAUUCGGCACGGAUAAGAGUCGAGAACAUUAUUCGAUCCGAUAUCACCACAGAGCUUCACGAGAUCCUAGAACUAUACUGUGAAUUACUUUUGGCACGAGCCGGUCUUCUGGAAGGGCAUACCUGUGAUCCUGGGUUGGAGGAAGCGGUGAAGAGCAUCAUAUACGCUGCACCAAAAACAGAAAUCAAGGAAUUACAACAGGUGCGCGCUCUCCUCGCGGAGAAGUAUGGUAAAGAAUUCGUACUCGCUGCUAUGGAGAACUGGGAUCAGAAAGUAUCUGAAAAGGUGGUAAAGAAACUCAGUGUUACACCACCUCGAGAAGAACUUGUCCAGGGAUAUCUGGAAGAAAUUGCUAGGGCAUAUGGAGUCGAUUGGCCAAAGCGGCCUAAAGAUUUAGGCGAUCCCCCGGAUUAUGUGGAAAAUAACAUGGACGAUGAUGUGGAUGAUAGCCCAAGUGGUGACCAAGCUCAGAAGGUUCCCGAUUCACCCCUUCCUAGUGAUAGUAAAGCGGUCCAAGAAAGGGAAGCUUUAAGCCGCGAGACACCUCCGCGAUCCUUAGGACCUUUACAUAUCAAUCUGCCAAGUCCUACAACAGAUAACCCUCGUCCGAAGGUCACCCUCAACUCAGUGGAAUUGAAACCCAGCCAGAAGAUGGUUGAUGCCGGUAUAGCAAAGAAGAAUGACGAUCAGAAAAGUGGAACAAGCGUUGACGAAUUGGCCGCCCGUUUUGCUGCUCUGAAGCGGUAGCUUACUUAGCCUACCUAGUAAUUACGAUGAUGGGGAUAUGGGAAAACAUCGCUCUUUUGAGACAGCGUGUUUAUCUAUGGAUAUCAAUGAAGACUCAACUUUUAUUACCUACUAGGUACCUAUACUACCACCAAACUGAAAUAUAACGAUAUUUCUAUCAGUACACCGACAGGUGUCUCACAACCUUAUUGAAAUAUAUAGGUACCCAGGUAUUCAUUAAAUGAUCUAUCAUUUACAACCCACCUAUAAUGAGGAUUUUUUAAGAGAUUCGUUGCUUCUAUAAUAAGCUGGUAACUUAGGUAUCUUUUCUAUGGGC